GACAGGACCUGGGGGAGGGGGCCUGUGCACACAGGAAGCCACUCCUCAUUCUUGGCUCCCAUGGACACAGCUAGGACAAGCCACGUGGCCCCUCUAGGGGAGGGCUUGAGGCCAGCAGUCUUCCUGCACUCUCAGAGCCUCUCUUCCAGGGUUGGUGCCCAUGGCCCCAGGAUCCAGAUGGGGUAGGGGGAUACAGGAGGGAGGGAGAGAGCUUUCCAGUGCACCAAGCACUGCCCACAGACCUCUCCAGUGCUCCCUUGCCCCCACCCACACCUGGCUGUCAGUUCAGAGCAUAAAACAAAUUUGUUAAUCCAGACUGCCUCUGACAGAGCGAAAGCAGCAAGCACUGUUCUCGCGGUAAGAACCCUGCCUUUGUAGGUAAGUGCUGCUCACCAUGUGUGUCACUAAAGGUUUAAUCUUCGCUUUAGACUCUAAAUCAAGCUGACGUAUAGCAGAGUCUUAGAUUGAGCUGCUUUGUGCCUGACCUCAUCUCCCUUUUAAUGCUAACCUUCUUCCUGUAGUUUUCCCACCAAAGCCUUAUUGAUAGCAAUUCAUUUAUGUUCUGUACACAUGUCCUCCUCUGAGCUCUGAGUUAAGUUUUUCAAAGAUCUCUAAGGAAAGGAAAGACAUAUCCUGGCCUAUUAGUGCCACUGAGUUUGGCUGAGGUGAAGUUAGUGCAGAUUUGGGCAUCAGGGUGCAUGAAGGGUGGAAAGAACCUACAGUCUGAGAAGGUGGGUGAGGGUGGAAGAGGAACUCAUGCCCCAAGUGACUCCCCAGUUCCACCUGAAUUGCUUAUUGUUUAUGCUGUUCUGUUUUGCAAUUGUAGAUCCACUUUGCCCACUCUUUGAGAUGUUGAUUGUUCAGAUUUUGCAUGAGUUUUUAGACUCCAGAGUGGAGAAUCUUAAAGUUACUUGAGAGUAGGAACUGUCUUACAACUGCCCUCAGCCCUCAGGAGGGCAACUGGUCCCCUGCAGAACCACAGACUGAAGGAGCGUGUGUGUGAGUGAAUGAGCUGAGGGCCAGCAUGGCUGAGCCUAGGUGCUCAGAUGUCUUCAGGUCUCUGAGAAAGCUCUUUGGGAGUAGGAAUCUUUAGAGAAGAGUAGAAGGGUUUCUUGUUCUGGGUGAAUAAUGUCUUGUAUAUGUAGAAAGCUUCUAUCCACAUACUCUCUCCCUGCUGCAAAAGGAGCUGUUCACAUUUCUCAACUGAUCUUUACACAGAGCAAUUUGAUCUGGGCCUUGUAGGGAGCCCUCUGCCUACGAUUGUUUUCCAGGCAAGGAGGCCAAGGAUGGGAAAUGACCUGAUCUCCCACCCCCAUCUUUCUAGAUUCUCGAAACUCCUACUCUAGUCAGUGUUUUCUGACAAUGGGGCCUGACCUGACUGGGCAGCUGUGUUUCAGAAGCACACAGGCUUCAGUGCCGCCUGACCAAACAGCAGGCCCUGCUCUGUCAGACUGUUUGCAGUACAUGGAAGAACCUAUGUAUUGUCUCUAGACAGUGAGGAGAAUGGAGAGGAGUACAGUCAGGGGAUCACUGCAUAAGCACUUGGAUCUGGAGAGGAAGAUCGCCAAGCAGGCUGAAGCCAGACUCCGCCAACGACUGCAGAGUCUAGAGGAUAUCUGCCUCCUCCACCUGAAGCUGUUGAUCAGGGAGCAAAGGCAGCUCCAGAGAGAGCAGCAGAGGCUGCAGCAAGAUAUUGUCAAGGUGAGAUUGUCUUCUCUUGGGAAUGGAACUCAGAAAAGGCCAGAAUGUGUCCUCAGUUUCCCACCACAGCAAGGACAGAAGCACAGACCUCCAAAACAUGAAGUCAGAGCAUUGGCAACCAACACGACCCAGGAAAUGUACAAAAUCAAGUCCCAGAUGCCUCCUUUAUGUCACACUGGCCUCAAAAACCCCACCAGGAGGAAAGAGAACUGGCGAUCUCCGAGUCACAGAACUGCCUGCUUCAUGGCAGAGAAGCUGCCAGCCCAGGAGAAGGAGUCUGUAAUCCCACCUCAGGGCAUAGACCCCAACAAGGACACCUCUGUGGCACAUCAAGACCAAAUGGCUUCCAGCAGUACCUGUGGUAGUGGAAUGGUCAACCUUGAUGAGAUUAGAUCAAAAGAUGCCAGUCUAAAGCCAUGGAGGAAUGCUGUGGAACAACUUCCCCCACAUUCUGUGGAAUGUGUAGGAGGCUGCAAAGGUGAGACCACAAAGCCAGCCUUCUCAGAGUUGUUCGCAAAGGUCAAAAAUGCACGCUAUCUCCGGCACAGGGUCCUCCCUCAGUCUGAGAGGUUGCUUAGCAUCAGGGAGAUAUUCGGGUAUAGAGAAUCUUCACCUGAAGAUCAGGAAAGGCUUGUGAAAAUGGUACCGUCUAAGUUCCCUCCUCUCUAGCUAAUUUGUAUAACCUGCUCAUGGCAAGUAUCAGCACCACUAGAGAAGGUGCUCCUUAAGUGAAGCAAUGCGGAGCACUUGUAUUUCUAAUCUGUUGACUUCAUGUAGAGCACUGUGAUCUUUCAGUGAACCACACUAGUGAAUGGGUAACACAUAGAGGAAUGAAUCUUCUGGAAAUACUUGAACAAUCAGCAUGCACUUCUGAUGUCAACUAAAAUGUACAUAUAUGUUGAUAUUGAGGGAGAAAGAGUGAUUUCUACUUUCAUUGCCUCUCAUUCCUAGGGUAGGUUAUUGUGGCACCACCUGCUGGAAGAGGCAUAGUCCUCCCUGUUUUAUGGUAGAUGGUGGCAGGAUAGAGGCACCACUGAGAAUGUGUACCAUAUGGUCUAUAAAUAAAACUUGUUUCAACUUUGUGCUUUUUUUGUACUGGGGAUUUUUUUUUGUACUUUGUGCUCUUUUUUGAACUCAGGGGCACUCAACCACUGAGCCACAUCCCCAGCCCUAUUUUGUAUUUUUAUUUAGAGACAGGGUCUCACUGAAUUGCUAAGUGCCUUGCCAUUGCUGAGGCUGGCUCUGAACUUGGGAUCCUCCUCUCAGUCUCCUGAGUGGCUGGGAUUACAGUCGGGUACCCCCAUGCCCAGCUUGUGCUCAUUUUGUCCUUCCUCCCUUCCCUUCUUCCUUACUUUCCUGGUAGGUCCAUUUUAUUUUUCUUUUUUCCUCUUUCAAAGACGUUACAUAAUCUCCUCCUUUUCUGUGCUCUAGAAUCAAAAGAUUUAAAAACUUUUUAUUCAUUUCUCAGCCCAAUAUCAAAUACUCAAGAGAAUCUAUCAAGAACCAUCUCACCACAAAAUAAGGUUACCAACUACUUUAAAAAGUUAUUAUUUCUGGAUGGAACUGGAGACUAUCAUGCUAAGUGAAAUAAGCCAAUCUCAAAAACAAAACGGCUGUAUGUUCUCUCUGAUAUGCGGAUGCUAACACACAAUAAGUGGUGGUGCGGGGAGGGUAGGAUAGAAAAUUAUUGAAUUAGACAAAGGGAAUGAAGGGAAGGAAAAGGGAUGAGAAUAGGAAAAACAGUAGAAUGAAUCGAACAGAACUUUCCUAUGUUCAUAUAUGAAUGUAUGACCAGUAUAAUUCCAAAUAAUG